AUUCACCACAUACUGUACACAUAUACCUACACGUGAUGUAUCUACUACAACCACAGACCCCCCCUCAGUCUCACUCACACACUCGUGCGCGCGCGCACACGCACGUAGUUCGUGUCUUUUUUUAAAGCCCCAGGAGUCCAUGUGCUGGAAGGAGGAGACAGACAGAGAGCCAUAGAGAGACAGGGGGGGGAGUGUAUCUCCAGAGAAGAAGGAGAGUUCUGCCCCGAACUCCUCAAUGUGGAUUUGAAACGAACCGCCUCGCGCUCUUCUCGCGUUCAGCUCUCCAAAACCGCAUAGAACAGAAAGCGCGCGCCUCCGAGGAAAUGACUCUUUUAAGAAAACCCACAGUGCCUUGAUUUCCCCCCACUUUUCUCUUCUUCACUCUCUCCGCGUUGCCGACUGGAGGCAUGCCGCUGAAACACGCCGAGGAGGGCUUUCCUCCGUCUGCCCGCGCGUCAGUGGAAACCUGGUGCGGCGUGAAGGGAGAGGAGAGAGCGCGCGAGAGCCGAGAAGCAGAAGGAGCGUCCGGAGAAGGACGAGGAGGAGGAUUAGUGAAGAACAAAACAGAAGAAGAAGAAAAAGAAGAAACAACCGCAAACAUGAGUUUACCGACCAGCUGUGUGUAUCCAGCCCCUUCGGUCCAGGAUCGUUACUGCAAAGUGCGGAACGGGAAUAUUUGCGGGUCGCCGUGCGCCGUCAACCGGCCCAUCGACAUCGUGCAGAAACGAAGGCGUUUUGAUGUGGAGAAUGGCCUGUCGGUGGGUCGCAGUCCACUGGACUCUCAGACUAGCCCGGGUUCUGGUCUGGUACUUCAGGCCAACUUCCCCCACAGUCAGCGCCGUGAGUCUUUCCUCUACCGCUCAGACUCAGACUUCGACCUUUCACCCAAAACCAUGUCCCGCAACUCAUCCACUGCCAGCGACCUGGAGGAGGGAUUGAAGCAUUGGGAAGUCAAUUGGCUACCUCGGCAUGGAGAAGACAUGAUAGUGACUCCAUUUGCACAGGUUCUUGCCAGUCUGCGAACGGUGAGAAGUAACUUUGCUGUUCUGACACAUCUGCAAGAUCGCGUGGGAAACAAGCGGCCGUCAGGCAGCAACCAGCCGUCCAUGUGUAAGCCAUGUCUCGCAGAGGAGCCUUAUCAGAAGCUGGCGAUGGAGACCCUGGAAGAGCUGGACUGGUGUUUGGAUCAGCUGGAGACGCUGCAGACGAGGCACUCCGUCAGUGAGAUGGCGUCCAAUAAGUUUAAGAGGAUGCUGAACCGUGAGCUGACGCAGCUUUCAGAGACAAGCCGCUCAGGGAACCAGGUGUCGGAGUUCAUCGCGAGCACCUUCUUAGAGAAACAACAUGAUGUGGAGAUCCUGUCUCCACCUCCUAAGGAGAAGGAGAAGAAGAAGAGGCCAAUGUCACAGAUCAGUGGUGUGAAAAAGGCCACGCAGAGCCCCAGCUUAGCACCCGCCUGCAUCCCUCGCUUUGGAGUCAGCACACCGCACGAGAGUCUGCUGGCCAAGGAGAUCGAGGACAUUAAUCGUUGGGGUCUGGAUAUUUUCAAGAUAGCAGAAUUUUCCGGAAACCGCCCUCUGACGGUGAUCAUGUACUCCGUCUUCCAGGAGAGAGACCUUUUGAAAACCUUUAAGAUCCCAAUUGACACCUUCAUCACAUUCAUGAUGACCUUGGAGGACCAUUACCAUGCUGACGUAGCUUAUCACAACAACAUCCAUGCGGCUGACGUGGUGCAGUCCACCCACGUCCUCCUGUCCACCCCUGCUUUAGAGGCGGUGUUUACAGACCUGGAGAUCAUGGCCGCUCUGUUUGCCAGUGCCAUCCAUGACGUUGACCACCCAGGAGUCACCAACCAGUUCCUAAUAAACACCAGUUCGGAGCUGGCGUUGAUGUACAACGACGCCUCGGUGCUGGAGAACCACCACCUCGCCGUGGGCUUCAAACUGCUCCAGGAAGACAACUGCGACAUCUUCCAAAACCUCAGCAAGAAACUGAGAGACUCCCUCCGCAAAAUGGUGAUUGACAUGGUGCUGGCCACAGAUAUGUCCAAACACAUGAACUUCUUGGCCGACAUGAAGACGAUGGUGGAAACCAAGAAGGUGACGAGUCUGGGAGUCCUGCUGCUCGACAACUACUCUGACCGCAUUCAGGUUCUGCAGAACAUGGUCCACUGUGCCGACCUGAGCAACCCAACCAAACCGCUGGAGCUGUACCGGCAGUGGACGGACCGCAUCAUGGUGGAGUUCUUCACCCAGGGAGACCGAGAGCGGGACAAGGGCAUGGAGAUCAGUCCCAUGUGUGACAAACACAACGCGUCCAUAGAGAAGAGCCAGGUGGGGUUCAUCGACUACAUUGUCCACCCUCUGUGGGAGACCUGGGCAGACUUGGUGCACCCUGACGCCCAGGACAUCCUGGACACCCUGGAGGACAACAGGGAGUGGUACCAGAGCAUGAUCCCCCGCAGCCCAUCGCCCUCCAGCCCAGAGGAGCACCAUGCCGAGGUGGAGCCAGGAGGAGGAGCUGUGGGAGCAGGAGGACCUGUCCCUUCAGGAGGAGGUGGAGGGGGAGGAGGAAGUGCAGGGGACAAGUUCCAGUUUGAACUCACGCUGGAGGAAGAGGAGGAGGAUGAGGAAGAGGUGGAGUCUGACCUGGAGAGCCCCUUAGAGGAGGAGUCGCAGUCAGGCGGGGAGCGGCACCGGGACUCCUCCUCUCCCUCUCUGUCCCCGGACCCCCGCAGCAGCAGCAGCAGAUACCGCCCCCCCUCGCCUCAUCCGUCCCGGACCCUGAGUCUGGCUGGCAUGUCGGUGCGGAGCCCACACCCCCACAGGACGCUGGCCUCCCCGGGGCGGGAGGGCACCGACAGGGACAGAGAACUGAGCCAGGAGGGCGAUGGGGUGGCGUGCCUGCGCAUGGGCACGUAACAACCAGCACAACCUGCCCCGCCCUGAGAGACACGAGCGCCGGGUGUAGGGAGAUGGUCGGAGGCAGGGCAGGCCUUUACCAAUAAAGUCUGUAAAAUCACCACAGUCCCUUUACACUGGAGACACCCUCUCUGGAGAACAGAGGGACGUUCCCCCCUCUGUUUUAUUUUAAUUUUCUGCAAAGAAGAAUCGUUUUAGCCUCUCUUUGGGUGCCUGAUAGGCCUUUGUGUCCCAUCCUGCUUUGUUGUAGCUUCAGUUCAGAGCGAUCCCAGACAAAGACUGCUGCAAUUUAUACUGGGAAGAAGAGCGGAGCCGAGGCAUGAUACUCUAACAUAAGUCCAUAAGAUUUAAGGAAAUGUCUUCCUCCAAAAAUAACUGUCUAUGACAUUCGGACAAGAACAGCGAAUGAGGAUUGCGGUGGUUCGACAGGGUCUUGGAAAUGAUUUUGCACCAUAGUUUUAGUUUGAGAUAUGAAAUAAUUGAGUCCGUUCGGAAUAAGCGAGUAUGAUUUCUUUGUUUGAGAAUGAUGUGAGAGAUGAAUCAUUUUACCAAAUACAGUAUGUAGGUGAGCAGCGAGAAAAUCGAUGGACCUAAACCUCAGGGUAUGAAGAGAAACUAAAAAUCUAAUGUAGCACAGAUGUAGUGGGUACCCCUGACCCGACCCCCGACACCAAACUGUCUUUUCUGUUUGAUUUACCUCCAAACUAGAGACUUUGUCUAACCCACGUGUCUCCACAUUUAAUUAAAACCCUUUAAUAGAAAAUUUGGCAACUGAAGCAAUCAAAUGAUAAGUAUUUAAACCAGCUUGUAGCACCACAGAGAUUGAACACUGAAGAAGACUGUGCCACAGUCUCACCUGUUGAAAAUACAAAAGACACGCCUAUAUAAUUUGUUUAAGCUUUAUUUUUUUUUUACCUGAGAUGAAUUUAAAUGGUGUCAUUGUUUUAGGUUUUGAUUUUCAAACAGUUCUUUGUUUGUACAUUUGCUGGUCUCGUCUGUGUUUAUGUGCUUAAAAAGCAUUUUUAUCAGGGUGCCUCCGGUCCGCAGUAGCACUUUACCGUCUCUGCUGUUCAGCUCUUCUAUUCAGUCACACAAAGGGCUUCACCCACUGUAGACCUACUGAUCACACAAACACAGUACAGGAAAUCUGACGCCGCAUACCGAAAGGCAGGGCAGGAAAGUAACUGAACUAAUGUCCCAACAGGGGAUUUGACCAACUUGGCCAACACAAAAACUCGCGACCUUCCGUGUUCAGAUACAGAGUUUAGUUUUAGUUUUUAACUAACUGCAGCAUUUGUAAUUGAAAACCUUGUGCCUCCUGUAGCUCAGCAUGCUCAGAUGACAGCAUCUUUUAUAUUUACAAAAUCUUUUUCAGAGCUUUGAUUGUAAAGGCUGUUGUGUUGGCUACAAAUUAAUAUUAUGUGGGAGAAUUAUUUUUAAUCCACAGACUGGAACUCACAGCGUUAAGCCUGUGUGAAUUCAUUGUAAAUACCAUGGUUCUCUCUUAUUUUGGGAAGAAACUUUAAAUGAAACUUAUGGCUGUGCGAUAUGACCAAAAUCUCAUAUCCCAGUAACAAAAUAUAU